AUUCAGUCUGCUGAAACUUAAAGCACCAUCAGAACAGAUUGCCUCCUGGCGCAUGGUGUGUGUGCUUACCAUCAAGACUCAGACCCCAAGGCAGGUUAUUUUUGCGUAGGUAUAAGCCUGUUAGAUACAGUGAAACCUUAAUCAAUCUAUACUUAAUGCGCAUGAAGUGAAAGUGUGAAGAUAUUUCAGCAAAAGCAGUAAUAGGCAUGCGCCACUCAAAGAUGAUGGCAUGAUAUUAGAAGUCAAGUAUAGCAUAUCUUUGCUGUAUGUUCUACGAUAAAAAAAGCAGAUAGAGAGCAUAUGAAAUUAACAGCAGGAUAUCAUCAUUAUCAAGAACUCAAUUGAAUAAUGGUUCUGCUUACAAAGGAAACCACCAACAUUUAAUAAGGAACUGAACCAGGAACCGGAGCAGCUUUGGACAUCUGGUUUGAUCUAGUGUGUGGUUAUAAUUAGAUUCUGAAGUACUGGAACAAGGAUAUAAACAAUAAAAAAGGGAUAUUCAGUUUCGACAGCUGUAUGAAAAAGUUGUGUUCAUGAGAUUAUUUGUGGAGUAGCAUUGUUUAAGUUGACAGUACAAAAGAGAGGGAUACUUCAUAAAAGACAAUUAUAUCAAGAUUUUUUUGAAAAGGAUACUGCAGCCAAAAUCAGGUAUUUUGAAUGAGUGAAACUGAAGAUGUUACUACAAAUACUGCUGUUGGUUCUAGGAUGGUGCUAUGGACAAGGGCAACAGAGCCCCUCUUACUUCAUCGCAGCACCAGAUGUAUUUAGACUGGGCGUGGAAGAGACCGUGUCAGUCACACUGUCACAUGUUCUUGGACCUGUUAAUGUAAAGAUUUACCUGCAGGACUAUCCAGAUCGCAGGACAACAUUUUCUGUUGCUGAAGGAAUGUUCAGAGAUGGAAUACCAGGAGAGCUAACAAUAAAAGUGAAUUCAAAUGAUCUUCCCAUGAGCACAGCACCAAAGAGAUAUGUGUAUCUUGUGGCCAAAUCCGAGUCUCCCAGCAUUCAAUUUCAGAAGGAGAUACCAGUGCUUGUCAGUCCAAGAACUGGAUAUGUUUUCAUUCAGACAGAUAAACCAAUUUAUACACCAAAGCAAGAAGUAAAGAUGCGAGUGGUUUAUCUCAACCAAGACAUGAAGCCCACCUCAGAUCCAAUACAAAUUGACAUUAUGAAUCCUCAAAGAACAGUUGUGGAACGUUACACUAACGUCACAGUCAAGGAGGGUUUCAUCAGUUUGACCUUCACCUUUCCACCUUUCCCAAUGUUUGGGAACUGGACGGUGGCAGCAUAUUAUGGACUAGAUCAUCUUCAGAACACUUCAGUGAAGUUUGAAGUGAAGGAAUAUGUUUUGCCUACUUUCUCAGUGAAGGUGAUAUCUAGGCCAUAUAUUUUGCCCCAUGAUGUUCUUAUACAUGGAAAAGUAACUGCAAAGUAUGUCUAUGGGAAAGGAGUCAAAGGGUCAGUAUUCAUGAAGUUUGGAAUCAUGAACUAUGAAGGUGAAGUGAUAGUGUUUGGCACACAAAAACAUUUACAGAUGGUGAAUGGAGAAGUCAGUUGGGAGGUGAGCACUCAAUACAUCAGAGACCUUGGAGAAGAUUUCUGGUUCCCAGAUGGCGCCAGGUUCUACAUACAUGCUGAGGUUACUGAGAGGGCCACAGGCAAGAAGGAGAUUAAGGAGGACAGUUCUGCCCAAUUUGUCAGGUCCCCAUAUUAUCUUGACUUCAAGAGGACAAACCGUUACUUCAAGCCUGGAUUGCCAUUUGAUGCUAAGGUUGACCUCUUCUAUGCCAACCAUACCCGAGCCUCCAGUGUGCAGGUUUCAUUGUCUGCUUUUGCUAUACUGACCGACUGGUCACAGGUUGCCGUGGAGAUGAUGGACAAUGGACCAACCACAGUAGAGACGGAUGACCAUGGUCAAGCACAAUUCACUGUACUGGUUCCACCAAAUACAGACACACUGGCUUUGACAGUCAAAACCUCAGAUAUGUCGCCAUCAGCCAACUUGACUCAAGUGACCACUGCCUAUCACUCUCCAAGUAAACAGUACAUGGUGGUCAGAGUAAAGGAAAGGCAGAUCAAUGUUGGGGAUUCCAUUGCUGCAGAAGCCUUCUUAACAACUGACCAGAAUGUUAAUAUUCAGUAUAUGGUGAUUGCUGGAGGUAAAAUCACAGAACAAAGAAGUGUUGCAAAGAUGGAAGGAGGAAUGACAUUUCUUCCAUUUAUUGUGUCACAUGACAUGCUGCCUGCUGCACGAUUGGUUGCUCACUACAUUGACCAGACGACAGGUGAAGUGGUGGCAGAUUCCGUCUGGUUUGAUAUUGAGGAUGAAUGCAGAAAUAAGAUUUUGUUGACCACUGACCAAAAAGAUUAUCACCCAGGUCAGCAUGGUAAAGUGGUGGUUAAGGGAGAACCUAAGUCCAAGGUGGGGCUACUGGCAGUGGACAAGGCCGUGUACCUGCUCAAUGCUAAUGACAGGCUAACACCACAGAAGAUGUUUUCUGCAAUGGAGAGUUAUGAUCUUGGCUGUACUCCAGGAGGUGGUCAAGAUAGCCGCACAGUAUUCAAGGAUGCUGGGAUAGCUGUGAUUAUGAGUGCAGAUCUGUAUGUGGACAAGAGGACGGACAUCAAGUGUGAUGUGUUACCAACACACAGGAAGAAAAGGGCAAUAAGAAGAUCACGUCUUGACAACUGGAACGUGCAGGACGAGAAGACAAGAUGCUGUAAUCUGGGUCAACGCAGGGAUUUUUCUGGACUCACAUGUUACCAGAGAAUUGCUGGACUUAGGAAUGUGACCAAUCACUGUAGAGCUACUUUCUUCCGCUGCUGUAAAGAGAUGCCUGUUCAAGAGAGGAUAGGACGAUUGUCAGCUUAUAUGGUGUAUGCAAAACCUGACGAUUUCAGAGGCAGGUCAAGUGACAUAAUCCCUGAGCCCCUGCAGCUGACCUUUGACCAGAUCCCAGUCGACGAGAGUGGAGUGCCUGUCCGCUCAGAUUUCCCCGAAUCCUGGUUGUUUGAGGACAUUUACUUGGAUGAUUAUGGCCAGGCCAGUCAUAGUGUUAACUUCCCAGAUUCAAUUACCACUUGGGUUGUCCAUGGUCUGGGCAUAGGGGCCCGCGAUGGUCUCUGUGUUACCAGGGCCCAUAAUGUGACCGUGUUCAAGUCAUUCUUCCUGCAGCUGGAGCUUCCAUAUUCUGCCAUUAAAGGAGAGCAGAUAGAGGUUAUGGCCACUGUGUAUAAUUACGAGAGAGUAGAGAUGAGGGUUAAGAUGUUCAUGGAUGGAACAGAAGGUGUAUGUGCCAGCUCAUUACCUGGAACCAAGAGCCAAGAAAAAAUGUUUGUGGUUGCCCCUGGUGAUGCGUAUUCUGUAUCAUAUCCCAUAGUUCCACUUGAAGCUGGAGAGUAUCCAAUCAAAGUUAAGGCUUUUACAAGUUUUGGACCCGACAUUGUGGAGAAGAAGUUGCUGGUUGUUCCUGAGGGAAUAGAGAAGGUGAAAUCAUACUCAGUGAUCUUAGAUCCAGCAGGUCGACUCAGCAGGUUUAAGAGAAGUUCAAGAGAUACUGACCAGAGGCAGACAAACAUAGUGGAUGCCAGACCCCCAGAGGAAGCCAUUGAAGGAACUGAGAAAUGCACAGUCAGUGCCUUAGGUUCUGUUGUUGGUCCCAGUGUCUCUUCUUAUAUCAAUGGUAUUGAGGAGUUCAUGGUGAUGCCAAAGGGAUGCGGAGAACAAACCAUGAUCUACAUGGCCCCAACAUUGUAUGCCACAUAUUACUUGAAGAAAACUGGACAACUCACUCCGGAGGUGGAAAAGAAAGCUCUUAAUUUCAUCACUGAAGGCUACAAGAGGGAGCUUACCUUCCGUAAGGAAGAUGGAUCUUUUUCAGCUUGGACACACUAUCCUGCAAGCACCUGGUUGACUGCCUUUGUGGUAAAGAAUUUCUGCCGUGCCAAAGAAUAUGUUUACAUUGAUGACAAUGUCAUCUGCAGUGGAAUCAAAUGGCUCUUAAAAAACCAACAUGCAAAUGGUGUCUUCUUUGAGAGUGGUGAGGUGGUCCACAAGGAGAUGACAGGAGGUCUCCAUGGUGAUGCAUCCCUGACAGCAUUUGUAUCUAUUGCCCUGUCUGAGUGUAAACAAUACUGUAAGAAUGAGGAUGUAACAUUAGCACAACGCAAGGCAACGUCUUACCUGGAAACCCGAAUUUCUGGACCAAUCCGCCCCUUUACUAUUUCCAUCAUCUCGUAUGCCUUGGCGUUGGCUGGCAGUUCACAAAAAGAUAGAGCAAACAGAAAACUUCGAAUUUUGUCUCGAUUUGAUCCAGGUAUGGGGGUGUCUGUUAAGAACCACAGGUACUGGGAAGUGGACACUUACUCCAGAUACGAAGGGGACUACAUCCCAUACCAGUACAAACACAACCCCUCCGCCAUUGCAGUGGAGACGGCAUCUUACGCUCUCCUCACCCAGAUGCUGUCUGAAGAUAUCACAUUCAGCAACCCAGUUGUGAUGUGGCUAACAGAACAAAGAGGGAAGAAAGGAGAGUUUGUGUCAACACAAGACACAGUGGUGGCUCUCCAUGCUUUAGCGGAGUAUGCUGCCAAGACCCACUCCUCCACUGUGGACCUGCAGUGUGAAGUGCACUCUGAUGUGGACACCACGUACGAGAAAGAGAUCAGAAUUAAACGUGAAAAUGCAGAGGUUCUACAGGAAGUUGUGGCCCCAACAGGGGGACAGCUGACCAUCAGCACAGUGGGCUCUGGUGUGGGUAUGAUGUCUGUUGAAAUGCGUUACAAUGUGCCUACCACAAAGGGAGAGAUCUGCCGCUUUAACCUCACAGUGAACAGUAAGGAGAAGAACCUGUUAGAUGACCACAUGGCCAAUGGGGCCAGUGUUGGACCCCAGGGCCUCACCCCUGCUGACCUUCCUGCUGUUCAGCCCCGCCGUGCAGAAUUAGUGUUUGGAAGCAUCCCAGAGUUCCCACUCCCAGGUGAAAUCCCCAUGGACCUUCCAGAGGUGCAACCAAGAAUUGCAAUCUCCUCUCCGACCAGACGACGCAAAUCUCAUCUGGAGUCCUAUUCCUUCGGACCUCAAGCACGCUCUCGGCCUACAGUCAGACGUUCACGUUUUGGGGGACCAAGGGAGGAGCCACAAGUUUUCUUGAGAGCAGAACCGCAGGCGAGGAGUGGCGUUUCCAGUUACGUCACUGAAAUUCAUGCCUGUGCCAGGUAUCUGGUCCCAGGGAAAAAGUCUGGGAUGACCAUUUUGGAGGUCGGACUCUACACGGGGUUCCAGGCGGUCACUGAAGACUUAAACGAGCUUGUCAAAAAGGAAAACACUAAAGUCCAAAGAUAUGAGAUUGCUGACAGGGCAGUCAUAUUUUACCUGAAGGAGGUUGACCAUGCAGAGGAUUACUGCAUCAAAUUUGAUGCUAUACAAAUACACAGGGUUGGAAGAACACAACCAGUAGCUGUGAAAAUCUACGAUUAUUAUGAAACAUCUGAGACGUGUACAGAAUUUUACCACCCAAAGAAGGGGAGUCCACUGCUUAAAGUGCAGUGUGAAGGGGGACAGUGUAUUUGUGCAGAGGGCAACUGUGGCAAGUGUUAUACCCACACUCCCAGAGACAGCUUCCAGUACACCAUCUCAUUUAACAAAAUGCGCCGCAAACUAUGUGGAAGAGGGUCUGAGAAGCCAAUGGAUUUCGCUUUGAAAGCAAAGGUGAUAUCCAUAGAUGAAAUGAACAGUCUCGUAAAUAUCACAGUUGUUGUGAAGAAAGUUAUAAAGCAAGGCAUUGAGCAAGUGUCCAAAGACAUGAAUUUGACAUUUUUCAAGAGGAAGGCAUGCAAUUGUCCCCAUUUUGAAAUUCAUAAAAGCUACUUAAUCAUGGGAAGAGAUGGAAGAAGAUACACAGAUAAAUUUGGACAGACAAAGUACAAAUAUUACAUAGAUGACAGGUCUUUUGUGGUGGAAUGGCUAGAUAGAGGAAGAACAUCUAAAGAAAGGAGGCUAAGCCAGUAUUUGAGAAGGAUUUCCAGAACAACAUGCAGGAAAUGACUUAAAUAUUGACAGACUUUUUCACUCAUUCUUUAUGGAUGAUGCAAUUUGUACACCAAAAGACAUAAUAGUGAAUUGUGUUCGUAUUCUUUGUAGACAUUUGUUUUCAGAUAAGAUUUUUGAAUAUUUUAAUUGAUAUUGUGUGAUUUGCUUUUGCAGGUUCCACUAGAAGUUGUUUAAUUGAUUUUUUCAUAUACAAGACAUGAGAAAAUAAGUAAGAUGUUGUCAGUCAAGAUUUUGCUAUGUAACAAUUUUAAUAUACUUACUUGCAGUGGAAUAUAAAAGAAAGAGUGAAGUGGGGAGUUUGUUAGGCCUUCUUUGAAUUUUCAACAACUGUUUUUUACUGAAGGCAGUUUGAAAAUUUAUUUGCAGUUGGCCUCAAGACUAUUUCACAUUGAGCAUUUUAUCUUGACAUUCCAUCUGUAGCAGUAUAUCAAGAGAGGUAGACAUGUAAGAGAAUCUCAUAAACAGAACCCCUGCAAUCCAAAUGAUGAAUUAAAACAUGGUUGGUACAGUAAUGAUUCAGUCUUUUCAAUGGGGAAAAUUAUCAGUCUUACAGAUAACUUAUUUUGGAAUCUUCAAAAAUGUAUUCUUUUAAAUGACAUUUUUUGUUGCUUUUACUGUAUAAAACGGAACUAUUAGGUAUCCUGCUUUUCAGUAUUGUUGCUACCAUUGAAUAGGAAUAAUCAAAUUUUAAGAACUUAUGACUUAAAAAAAUACAGUAUCUGUGAAAUUCACAGUAGAAAAGAUUGAGUCAUUAUGUACAUACAAAGUUUUGAGUGGAAGUAAAUGUGUGAAAGUGAGUUAAGCUCCCUUAAGGGUACUGACAGGGUUUAUGAUGUCAAAAUACCCAAAAUGAAAUUAUUCGGUAAUGCAUUUACCUUUUUGCUGCUUAAAAACAAAAACAAAAAGAAAACAAAUCCCCUCAGAAAUAUAAAAUAUUGGCAUUUAUAAUUAUCAUUGCUAGGCAUAAGCACCUCAGAGUAUUUAUUGUCAUUUUAACAACUUUGCAGUGAGAUAGUAAUCAGUAUGGGAUGUAACUUUAUCCCAAACAAGAUUGUAUCACAAAAAUUGGCAUAAGUGACAGCAAUGGGCGUCAAUCCUGUGCUGUCAUUUUGGUUUAAAUGUUUUUUGUCAUGGAAUUAGGAGCGCCAAAUUUCAAUGCAUCGUUGAACAAAGACAUCGCUUUGCCUUGUUAACGAAAGAAAACUGAACUAAGGUCUAAAAAAAACCCACUUAUAGCAGGGUUUUGAAAUACUCAGUGGUGUCAUUUAAUUGGGGUUGGAGUGUGUUCAUAGGUGCUCAGGUUAAGGAGGAAUUUAGACAGUGAACACUGAAGAUGCCUCUCUUAUCAAAAGCAUGUCCAUAGAGACAGUAAUUAAGGAGUUUUUGUCUAACCCUGUCUAACUCCAAUGGUAAAUGGUAAAACCUCUCAAAAUAUAGGACUACAGAGGGAAUGCUAAGAUAGAAUACUUGACAUAAAGGACUUUAUAUCAUUCUCCUUGUUAGUUAAAGGAAAGGGAUGGACAUACAUUUCAAUUUGCUAAUAUAAAACUUAAGUCAAUAGAAUAGUGUACAAAUUUAGCUUUGUUUUUUAUUAACUCUUAAUCUCUAUGUUAAUUAUCAUAACAUUGUCUGCACAAUAAUUCCCAGUUACUUCAGUUUGAAACUUUCAAAUUAAGAAUCUGUAAAAUAUGAGUUUGCUUAUCAAAUUGGUGUCAAAUCAUUUUCAAAAUGAAAAGGGUUGGUUUGUUACAUGGAAAACCCAUUGAAGAAAGAACCUUAAAGAGGUGUCAAACCAUUAUUUUUGAAACCAUGGUAAAAUUUGGGCUCUGAAUAAUAUUGUUCAUAUUUUUUUAAAGAAAAAUCCAUGGAAAAAGAUAUUGUGUCUUAUUUCUCUCUCAAUAUGUACAUUAAUUAAAAAUGUGUAAAAUAAUCACUUCCUUGCAUUUAGUAUUUAUAUUUAAGAAUGACCAGUAAAAGGACUCUUUUUAUAUUUUAUGUCAUUUAUUUUUAUUUAUUAUGAAAGAGUUAUAGAUGAUUGUGUGGCAUUUUCCCUUCUGAUGGUAUCAGAAUUUAAUUUUAUGCUUAUAAUGUACAAACCAAUCAUUACUUUUUUUUUUUUGUUAAAUUGAGUGUUGCAUUUUGCAAUAAAAGAUACUCUUCAAAUAGCCAAUAUAAUAUGUUGUUACAAUGAUAGCAUUUUAUUUUACGAUUGAAAGAAAAAAAAAACUUUACCAAUGAUAUAAGCUGUUACAUUGUACAACUAUUGUAAAUCUCACCCUACUACAGAAGUCAUCACAAAUGAAUGAGAUUGAAAAAUAAGAAUCCAUUCUACAUUAAUAAAGUUCAUGUAAUCUUUGCUUCUUUAUUUAAAAGAUUUUCUAGCCAUUUUAAGUUAAAAUAAAGCUGAAAAAAGAACUACCAAUCUACCAUUCUACUGAAAGCACACAACUGAUGGAACUAUACAACAUUAAGUAUUUCAGCAACCAAUAUUUCAUAUCUUUAAGUGAAAAAAAAAAAAAAGACUUUUAUCAGACCCAGUGCUAUUCUAACAAAGUCACCCUGCAGAAGGAAUGGGCAAUAUUAUUACAAUGGCAAAACAACACUUCUUUCAUCUUAAUUAUCACAGUAACUAACAUGGAAUGGUAGCGAGGGCAGCUUUAAAAGUCCACCUCAAAAAUUUUGUAAGAAUCUAUUUGAAAAGUACAACUGCAAGUUCCUUAUGACGUUGUUCUUAAAUAAAUCCUACAUUGCUUAAUUUCCAUACAAUUCAUUCUACCUUUUUCCUACUUCUAAUAUAUUUUUUCUACUUUUUUCCUACUUCUAACAUAAUUUGUCAGU